GCUUCCUGUCUCUUUGUCUUAGAUGCAUGUUUUAAGAGGACUGGGAUGGACAGUUGGAUCCUGAGGGCUGGUGACACUGAAGUUUCGGUGAGAUGUCCUUGAGUGGCAAUGUAAGCCAUUCUUCUCCACCAGCUCUGCCUCUGCCCUUCAACAGCUCCACCUCUUUACACUCCCUAGCAUGGGGGGAUGAAAGAAGCACUCACGAGUCUGUGCAGGAGUGGUUGGGGAAUAAGACUCAGCUCCUCUCAGACCUCGCUGUUGUCGGGCAUGAUGAGCAGUGCCCUAUGUCUCCUGUCCUCACGGCGUGUCUUGUAGUUUGGUACAGCAUGACAAUGGUGCUGGGGCUUGUGGGAAACAUCGGCCUCAUCUGCAUCAUCGCCCGUCGCAGGGAGAAGGUCAAUGUCACCAGCAUUUUCAUCUGCAACCUGUCAUUCUCUGACAUCCUGGUGUGUGUUUUCUGCCUUCCCUUCACUGUGAUAUACACACUAAUGGACCAUUGGGUGUUUGGCUCGCUGCUGUGCCGGCUGGUGCCGUUCAUCCAGUGUGUGUCUGUUACCGUGUCUGUGCUGUCGCUGGUGUUCAUUGCUCUGGAAAGACAUCAGCUCAUCAUUAACCCCUCUGGGUGGAAACCGAGCAUCCCUCAGGCCUACAUGGUGCUUGUUCUCAUUUGGAUUCUGGCCUGCUUCACUUCCUCACCUUUCCUGGCCUUUCAGCUGCUAACAAGCGAGCCGUAUACUAAUGUAAUGCUGCCCCAGUCUCCACUCUAUCACCAAGACCUUCCUUAUCUCAAUACAUCUAAUCCUCAACCUGUUUCCUUCACAUACAUAAACUCAUCUUCCCUUACAAAUUCAUACCGUGCCCUCUUUUCUUAUGCUCCGAUCUCUCCGCACAUGGAGGCCUGUCUGGAGCACUGGCCUUCCCAGCAGCACCGACUCGCUUACACCACAUGGCUCCUGCUGUUUCAGUACUGUUGUCCUCUACUGUUGGUCCUGCUCUGUUAUGUUAGGGUUUAUGUGCGCCUUCGUCAUCGCAAAGAUAUGCUGGACCGUGCCAGGACCCCAGAGAGCCAACGCAUGACAAAUAGCCGCCGGAUCAACAUCAUGCUAGUGGCCCUCAUCACAGCCUUUGCCCUUUGCUGGCUGCCGCUCACCAUCUUCAAUGUGGUGUCAGACUGGAACCAGGAGGCUCUUCCCAUCUGCCACCACAACUUGCUGUUCUCCCUCUGCCACCUGCUGGCCAUGUCCUCCACCUGCAUCAACCCCAUUAUCUAUGGCUUCCUCAACUCCAACUUUCGGCAGGAAGUGAGAGAGGUGCUCCUGCACUGCCGCUGCAUCCCUUUAGAGGAAGAGUGCGAGCGUUUCCCAAUGUCCACUGUGCACAUGGAGGUGUCCCGCUCCUCCGUGCCUCUAACCUGCAGGAGCAACUCUCUCUUUGAUAUAACAGCCUGAAUGAUGCUGCACUAGAAGGAUAUAGACAGAUAAACUGAACUACAGGACUAAUUCCUGUGUUUUUUCAUACCUUUUACGGCAGUCUAAUGGACUUGUGUGGUUUAAAGUGCAACAUGUGUGUCAGUGGUUUGAAGUGAUUUUUGUGCUACAAUGUUAAUUAAUCUUAUUCUGUAGUAGAAGUAGGAAGUUUAUUUAUGUAGAAAAAAAGAUCAACAGAAUGUCAUUUCAAACAAAUAUGUUGCUGUGCCCCUGGAUAUUUCAAACAAAUUGUAGUUCAUAGAAUACAAGAAAUCAACACAUUUUACCAUUUUGUACUAACUGAUCAAACGUGUUUCCUGUUGGGUGCAAAUUAAACUGUGAUUUCAGAGAGUGGAUGCCUCAUCCCAAACAUCUUAAAAAUCAAACAAAUGAGGGAAGAUCUUUCUCAAUAAAGAUGUAAUCCAUUCAGUAAAGUUUUAAACAAUUAAGCUGUUCUCAAGGCUUGUGGUGGACUAACAAACUAUAUAGACUUUCUUAUACAGUAUGUAUUUCUUUGUAGUGCUGCUGUUGUAUUUCUUAGAUUUUAUUACUUAUUUUGUAUUUAUGGAAUUUGUGCUGUGUUGGAGUUGCUACAGUGAAGAAAAACAAAAGGUGUCAUUAAUGUGAUUCAUAGAGGUAAAAUAUACCAUUUUAUAAUAUUGUUAGACAUUUGGAUUAGAUUUAUUAAAAUAUAUAAAAAAGCUGUGCUUUUAAUGGAUGUUGAAUUGUGUACAAUUAUAGCACAGUGAAGGAUAGUUAUAGAGGUGUACUACAUUCUCAAAUAUCUUAAAAGUAUAACGAUUAAGUAUUGUCUAUCUGUCUAAUUCAAAUUCUUAUAACUGUGAUUAAGUGAGACUGAUGCUAAUAUAGUCAUGUAUAUGUGCCUGGUUUAAUAAUGAAAUUACAACCAUAUGCUGUAUAUUUGUACUACCUCAAAUGCCUUAUGCUUUGUGUUAAAUAUUUUAAAUAAUGUAACUUUUAUUAAGCUAAUGAAUGCACUUAGAGUUAAACAAUUUACACUUCUAUUAAUUCGAGUGUGUGUGUGUGUGUGUGUGUGUGUGUGUGUGUGUGUGUGUGUGUGUGUGUGUGUGUGUGUGUGUGUGUGUGUGUGUGUGUGUGUGUGUGUGUGGUUGUUCUCAAGUGCACUUCAAAUCAGCACUUUUUUUCCUUGAUGUUCAUUUUUCAUUAUGUUUAUAUUGUUACAGCUAAUUAUAUUGAUGUCAAUCGCAUUGUUGUAAAAGUAUCUCCGUUCAGAUGGUGCAAAUAUCUUUAAAACAUGUUUGAUAUAUUUCUUAUACAUUUCUAGUGUGUUGUUCUUUCACACUCACAGAGAACUUAGAAGUGUAAAACAUAAACUUUGUCAAAUGACUUCG